UUGGGUAUCAAAUUAUCAAACCAGAAGCUUAAAUUAGUUGUUCUAGUAUGGAUAUGAGAAUGCCGGCGGCACGACCGAAGAUUAACCAGCCCUGCGCCGCUUGCCGGAUGCUUCGCCGGAGAUGUGGGAAUGAUUGUUUAUUAGCUCCUUACUUUCCUGCUGAAGAAGCUGAUAACUUUGUAGUAGUUCACAAAGUUUUUGGUGCUAGCAAUGUUAUCAAAAUGCUUCAGAUGGUAGAGGAAAGCAAGAGGGAAGAUUAUGUGAAGAGCAUAGUUUAUGAAGCAAAAGCAAGGCUGAGAGACCCAGUUUAUGGAAGUACAGGAGCCAUCUUUCAGUUGCAGAAGAACCUUCAAGAUCUGGAGCUUCAAUUGGAAUCAACAAGAGCUCAAAUUCUUGAAACAGAGGAAAGAAAGAAUCAACUAUUGAGGAUCCUAAUGGAUAUUCGCCACCAACGUCCCAUCUCACCCAUUGAUGAUGUGAUGUUUGAUAGAGGAGAUUUCUUCUUAGAUGAUUCUACUGUGUCAGUGGGCUAUGACCCAAUUGAAUUUCCGUUACAUUGUGAUUGGGUUUUAUGGUAAGAGAUAGAGAGAGAUAAAAGAGAGAAAAAGAGAUAGGGAUUAGGGAAUUCUAUAAAUUGAAACAAGAAAUUCUAGAAAUUGUAUUAAUUACACAUGAAAGCAUUGUAGAGGUAAUACGGAAAUUAUAAGUCAGAGAAGACUCAGAACCAUGAGCUUUGUAGUGUUUGCUAAC